CCCCAGCUACGCAACGGCACGGUCCAGAGGCUGGAAGUGCAAGAAAUACCAUGUAUGCCACCCGGAAGGGCUUUCAAUAUAAAACCUCCCUCCCCAGGCCUGCCACAGCGUCACCUUCACAUCCUCAAGCCCCAAGCUCCUCCUCCUCCUCCCUUGACAGCCCAAAACACACUCCUCCUCCUCAAAACACCAUCCCCCCGACACCCAUCAUGUCUCCCCAUACAGCCCUCUCGGAAUUCUCCUUUGAGCUUCCAAACUACCUCCUCCUGGAGGUCUUCGAGUACCUGCCCGGCCAGGACCUCGUCGUGGCCAGCCACACCUGCCGCCUCUGGAACCAGUUGAUCAUGGCUAGGCGCCGGCUGCGUACCAAUGCCUUCAUCCCCUCCAGCCACAACCCCACUGUCCCCGUGGCCGACAUCGAGCUGCACCCAGUGGUUUCCCAGCUCCAUUUCGACACUACGGUGGAUGCUGCAGACGCCCAAUACGGCGUCCGCAAGUCGCCCCGCAAGCUCCUGUCCGCCGCUGUGAGCAAGCAGCUAGCCACGUCGCCAGCCGUAACCGAACUUCGUCUGGACGUCAUGAAGUACCAUCCGCACGUGUUGGUCGAGAACCCCGCCGGUGUGAAGGUCGCAGACGUCGUGGAAGAGCUGGCAAAAUACAAAGCGGCAGCCACAAACUUCACGUUCGAGGAGUUUUUUGGGCGUGAGCUCUGUUCGCAGCGCGGCUACGAACGGAAGAAGAGCAUGCAGAGGGUCGACAUGGUGGGCAACGAGAAGGUACUCGUCACAUUUGCACCGGGUGUCGCCUUCAACGGCACUGUGCUUUUCGAAGCGGUGCGGUUCCGAAGCGUCGACGCAGCCAAGAGAGCGGCGGAGGAGCCCAAGAAAUCCGUCGACACCCCCGCUCCCCAUCAUCCACCUAGAAGUGUGGACGCUGCGGCGAAAGACGACUCGCACAGCAAGAAGUCGGAGGGGUAUCGGUUCUGGAGCGCGUUCGCGUUCGAAGUGUCGGCAUCAGCAUCGGCAGCGCCGAUGUCGGUGUCGGCGUGAUCCUGAGAGAGUGUGGGUGUGGGUGCACGACAGGUCAGGCUCGCGGUUUCCUCUUACACGGUUUAUAUUUCUUACUUGUUGGCUGGCGUUUGGUUUGGUUUUCACUCUACUUUAUUUCUUGUUUGGACAUCGCUUUUUCGACGACGACGGUGGGUUGGGUUCGAUGGCUGCCAGCGCAGAUGUGGGAGGAACGGGAGGGUCUGGCUGAUUUCGGAGGGGGAGUUUGGGCGUCGGUUUACUUGGUAUUCAGAUGAGGGAGGAGGAGGGUUUCUUUGGUGUCUAUUGGGAUGAGGGGGGUGGGGCACUGGGGGGGUUUCUGGCUGAGGGUUUCUGGCUGGUUCAACCGAUGGCUGUCAUGAUGGUCGGUUAUUGUUAGUGACGGGCAGCCUGGGGGAUCUGCGAAUGACGACGCCGUUAUGUAUGUAGGCAGUUUACUUGCCCACUGGGACUUUUUUUAUAAUACUUAUUUUACUUGCUCAA